AUGCCGAGCGACGUGGUUGAGAUUUUGGAGUCAGAGGAUUGGGCAGGCGGCGAGCACAUCUCACAGUGCCGCUCGGCGUGGAAAUCGGCCCUGAAAUGGUGCCUACCAUCGCUGCUGGCGCAGAAUGCCGUACCGCCCAGGCAGACUGCAUAUUUGGACGGCAUGCGAGGGUUUGCGGCCUUGCUUGUAUAUUGGCAUCACCACCAGCACUCAGCGCAUCCAGGGCCAUUGGCCGCCAUCAUGGAGUCGGGAUUCGGACUGAACAACGAGUAUCGUUUCGCCGCCUUCCCGGGCAUUCGCACAUUCUUCAACGGCGGACACUAUGCCGUGUCGGUCUUGUUCGUCAUCUCGGGAUACGUCUUGUCCAUUAAGCCACUGACUCUCGUCCACGCCAGAGAGCAGGCAAAGCUCGCUGACCACCUCUCAUCUGCCUUGUUCAGGCGAUGGGCGCGGCUGUACACGCCUCUCAUCUGCACCACCUUCCUCUUCAUGACCUCGUGGCAUCUCCUUGGCCUCUGGACGCGCGGCGCAAAACCGCAGUCCAGCUACCGCGGCGAGCUCUGGGCAUGGUAUGCCGAGCUGAAGAACUUUAGCUUCGUCUUCAACUGUGGUGGCGUGCCAUGGCUGAGCUAUAACUUCCACUUGUGGUCAAUACCCAUGGAGUUCAAAGGCUCAGUGGUCAUAUUCACGAGUGUCCUGGCCUUCUCGAGGUGCAGAAGAAAUGCACGCCUGCUUCUCGAGGCAGGACUCGUCUUCUACUUUCUGUACAUCGUCGAUGGAUGGUAUUGUGCCUUUUUCUCAGCAGGAAUGCUGCUCUGCGAUCUCGAGUUGCUUGCUGCCGGGGAUGCGCUGCCAUCCAUAUUUACACAGCUGCAACCGGCCAAGAAGCUGAUAUUCCACCAGCUGCUGGUCGUCAGUUUAUACAUGGGCGGCGUUCCUAGCCACUCCACAGAUGUGGCCGACCUGAGAAAGAAUCCCGGGUGGUACUACCUCUCCUUUCUCAAGCCGCAGGCCGCCUUGAACUAUGCCUGGUUCUACCUGUUUUGGGCAGCCGUCUUAUUUGUAGCGUCAGUCCCGCACAUCUGGUGGCUGAAACGAUUCUUCGAGAUGGGCUUUUGCCAGUACCUUGGACGCGUGUCCUUUGCACUGUAUUUGGUGCAUGGGCCUAUUCUGUUGACCCUUGGCGACCGCCUUUACACGGCUUUUGGCUGGCACGCAGAAGCCCAAGUCCGGAAUCUUUCUGGAUGGGUUGACAUUGUUGAGCUGCCGAAAUGGGGACCACUCGGCUUGGAGCUGUCCUUCUUGGUACCUCACUUGAUCUUGCUGCCAGUAACAUUAUAUUGCGCUGAUAUUGUCACUCGGGCUUUUGACAAGCCCAGCAUGAAGAUCCCGCAGAGGCUGUACGCAAUAACCUUGGGGCAUCCGACAAGACCGAGCCAACCUGGCGAUGCAGUGGGGCUGUCUAACUUAUUUACGACAAAUGUGCAUCAAUCAACAACUUAG